UACUGACCGGUACACUUUUACCCAGCAGUACCAAUUUUACUACCAAGGAAUCAUGACCUGCCUGGCUACAUACUACAUUCGUACAGAAUGGCGGAAUCCUAACGGAGUAAAUUUCAUCAUCUUACCGUCAAAAAGAGCAGAAAGGCUUCUUAUCAUCCAUCUGCUUACAAAAGUAGCUCUGGGACUAAUCAAUUGACAUAAAUUCGUAAAGAAUUUAGCUCCGUAAUUUUUUGCUGCAUAAAAUUUCCCCAAAAUUGCCCCCUCUUGUGAAUACUUAAACAAUGGUGUUCAAAAUCGUCCCAACUUGUAGGCAGUUUUCGCAAUUAUUCCUUGUCUGUGCCUGGAUUGCUUUGGCAUCCUUCUUUAUAUUCGUUGUUAACUUUUGGGUCAUAUGUGGGAAGGCCUUUCACUCCGUGAACAAUUUAGUGGACAGAUUCGAAUGGGAGGAGGAGGACCAGUGGAACCGAAAUGUGACGCUUGACACCUUGCGGGAGGCGGGGUUUGGCGAGGAGGUCACCUUUCUACAGGACGAGGUGAUCGAGCCCUUCAUAAAUCGGGAUAUUCACGCCAUCACAGGGAAUAGUGGCGCCCCUGGACUUUUGUUAUAUGGAGAUAUGAAAAACGCACAAUUUUUCGCAACCGCAAUUUGGAACGAGAUGCGCCUUCAAGGAGACGGUGGUCAUGAGGUUGCGAUUUUUCGAAAAACGGAGCUCUGUAUCUUGACACCAGUUACGACACGGUAUUUCGACUGGUUUUUCACCGCGGGGGUGGAAAAGCAACCGGCACUCAUUUAUUUGCAUGAGGUCAAAACAUUGUCUGGCUAUGAGGACAAAAUUCCAGAAAAUCUUCCCCAACAAAUGGAAAAGUUGAGAAACCAGGGCGUCAUUUUCAUCGCUAGUACGCCCCACUUGCAGGAGGGAUAUAACAAAAAUGCCGGAUUUCCAAACGUUCUUCACGUCCCGAAGCUACUUUCACUUCCGGAGAGAAAGAAAGUUUUGGAGGGAUGGGUCUCUGCAUGGGUUCGAAAACCGGGGGACGAGAUUUUACACAUCAUGGCCAACAAAACGGUGACCUUGAUCCGGACCAAGAGUGACAUUGAGGAGAAAAUUGGCAAAGUCUGUCAGCUUGCGUACCAAACUGGGGUGGAGGACUGGAAAAAGAAGAAUGGAAUUGUGGGGGGUGGAUCCAAAAUCAGGGUGGAAGAGGUUAAUCCGACCCUGAAGAAUUGGGAGGAUGCGUUAUUCGCGAUUUUGAAGAAAUUAUCAAAUUAAUUAUCCACAUAGCAUGUACUUGUGUGUAAUUACGUGUUUAUCAAAAUUAAUAAAAUUCAUUUAUUCAUUUUCGUAACUUCA